UCUGAGUGUUCCCUUUCUGCAGCUAGCUGUGAGUCCCUCACCCAAGUCCUGAGCUCCACCUGGAGCCUGACAAGGCUGCUUCUAAUUAAUAACAAAAUUGAAGAUUUGGGACUGAAAUUGCUGUGCAAAGGAUUAAAACAGCCUGACUGUCAGUUAAAGGAUCUGGUACCGUGGACCUGCCACCUCACUGGAGAGUGUUGUCAGGAUCUGUGCAAUGCGCUCUACACCAAUGAGUACCUAAGAGACCUUGACCUCAGUGAUAAGGCCUUAGGGGAUGAGGGCAUGCAGGUGCGAUGUGAAGGGCUGAAAGUCCCCUCCUGCAAACUGCAGACCUUGUGGUUAGCACACUGUCAUCUCACAGACAUGUGCUGUGGAGCCCUUGCCUCUGUCAACAAAAUGAGAACGUAACCUUGCUAGAC